CCCCCUCCCCCCCCCCACGAGAGAAGAAAAGAGAGAAGAAAAAAGGGAAAGAAAAUAACGCUUGAGAGGGGGUGCAGUCCCUUGGAACAGCAGCGGAAACUUGACGGUUCCUCGAGGUUGGAGGUGACUCGUCUGAUGGUGACUCAAUGACCGGUGGACGAGCGCGAGGAAUCAGCGCGGUCCCCGUAGCCAGGAUCGUCGCCACAGUCGCCGAGUGACAUCGUCAUGGCUCCACGUGUCGUCGACUCGACGAUGAUCGCGUUUCUGUUGGUCCUUGCCUGCUGGUCGGCCCAAGGUCGCGCGAGAUUAGUCAGGUUCUACGAGUCGGUGCCCGACCUGCAGCAGGACAGACGAAUCCCCAUCAACGACUACGCGGUCCACGGCCACGACGGGCCGAUCGUCGACGAUCACGAGCUGCCCCGCGACCUCAGAGAGCCUUAUCCGGGCAAGAGUUUCGGCCCUAUGGGCCCGAUCGACGGCUCUCUGCCCGACGACGUGUCCUUUCGAAGUCUGGCCUCCGAGCAGGGCAAAGGCGCCAACUCCAUGGAGCAGCUGACGUCGAACCACGCGAUAGACGGUGACCUCGAACACGGGAAACCCGAGUACAAGAUCAUCUCCGUGGAGUUCCACCGAGUCGAGACACCGUUCGUCAUUGGGAUAUGGAUCUUCUUCGCGAGCAUCGCGAAAAUAGGCUUCCACAUGACGCCAAAGCUUAGCAAAAUCUUUCCGGAGUCCUGUCUGUUGAUCGUUGUCGGCGUCGUCGUUGGUGUCUUACUGUUCCAGGCGAGCAGCGUCCACGUGUCACCCCUAACUCCAGACACGUUCUUCCUCUACAUGUUGCCGCCUAUCAUCCUGGACGCUGGCUAUUUCAUGCCGAACCGACUGUUCUUCGACCAUCUGGGAACGAUACUCCUGUUCGCCGUCGUUGGGACUAUAUUUAACACGUUGUCGAUAGGGGCGUCGCUGUGGGUGCUGGGUAAGAGCGGGCUUUUCGGUUUCGAAACACCGAUGCUGCAAAUGUUGCUGUUCUCCGCGUUGAUCAGCGCCGUCGAUCCUGUCGCCGUGCUGGCCGUCUUCGAGGAAAUCCACGUGAACGAGAUCCUGUACAUCGUCGUGUUCGGCGAGAGUUUACUGAACGACGCUGUCACCGUUGUGCUGUACCAUAUGUUCGAGACGUACAACAAGAUAGGACCGACGGAAAUACUUUACACGGACAUACUGUCUGGAUUGGCUUCGUUCUUCGUGGUGGCGAUCGGCGGCACGAUAAUCGGUGUGAUAUGGGGCUUCGCCACUGGUUUCGUUACGAGGUUCACCCAUCAGGUUCGCGUGAUCGAGCCCAUCUUCAUAUUCGUCAUGGCUUACCUGGCGUACCUGAACGCCGAGAUCUUUCACAUGUCCAGCAUUCUGGCGAUCACUUUCUGCGGCAUCACCAUGAAGAAUUACGUCGAGGCGAAUAUAUCGCACAAGUCGCACACCACCGUCAAGUACACGAUGAAAAUGCUGUCGAGUAGUUCGGAGACCAUCAUAUUUAUGUUCCUCGGGGUCGCCACGGUGAACAAUCAUCACGACUGGAACACGUGGUUCGUCGUCAUGACCAUCGUGUUCUGCUCGAUUUAUCGAAUCGUCGGCGUGAUCUUCCUGACAGCCUUGGCUAAUCAAUUCCGACUGCAUAAGCUGAACAAGGUGGAGAAGUUCGUGAUGUCGUACGGUGGCUUACGAGGUGCUGUAGCGUUUGCUCUGGUCCUGUUGAUCGACCCGAGGCACGUGUCCUUGCAGCCGAUGUUCGUCACCACCACGAUCGCGGUCAUCUAUUUCACGGUGUUCAUACAGAUUCAAACGGUUCGACAAUAAAUUCAUUCGUCCCUAUCUGGUGAGGGAUCACUAUGGCGCAGAGCCGAAAAUAUUGGAAACGUACUCGAAACUCGCGAUGAAAGAUGCACUGGAUUACAUUAGAAGGAACGCGUCCACCAUUGGCAAUAUCAGCGGAACUGAAAGCAUGUCUGCGAUAUUCCGCAACUAUAGCAACACGGGACAAUUCAAUGGCAGUCCGAGUUGCAGCCAGCUCGAAGCGGGCUGGAAUAUUGAUCUCCAAGAACUGGAGUACAACCCUUCCAAGAAGGACUUGACGGACGCCAGGAUCCACCACCUAUUGGCCGAGGAACUUUGCAAGCCGUACAAGAGGCACGGAACGAAACUGUUGCAGCAUCGGCGUCUAAGCUACAGCCGACACGCGGUGAACGAUCGCGAUCUCUCCACCCAAGUCAAUUACAAAAUGCACAUGAACAUACGGCGGAUGAUGGGAGAGCACAAGCAUCGUCACAAACGCAGUAAAAAGUUGCUCAAAAUUACAUUAACGGAGUGCUGUACGAGUUGGAGAACGGAGACACCUCAAAGCCUUCGAGCAAAGGGGACUGGGACUCUGCCAUUACCUUCACAGCUCGCACUUCCGACUCGCUGAACGUGAACGCGGACAACCAUCACGGCGCCACUACAACCACCUCGAUGGACACCAUAAAUACCGACGAUCCCGAUAUGAAAUUGGGACGCGACGAGAGCUACAGGGUAACGACACCGACGGCCACGGAAACUAUGUUGCCAUGGAAGCGAGAGGACGAUUACGAUUCCGGGCACCCGAUUAAACAGAAUGAAUUUCCUGCUUGGUGUUCAAACAAGGAGUAUCUGGCUUACAGUUCCCCCUCAGCCACAUUCUUAGGUGGAAUCGAGCAGCCAAAGGUCCAGUCAGUAAUUGGUCUGUUUCGCGGUGAAAGUGUGUGCACGUCGGAUGGUAUCGAUUGCCAGGAAACUGUGGACGAGCGUGACGAGUACACGUUGACAGAGCCGACGGAGGAUUCGCCGACGAAAACCUUCAACGAGUACGAGAAAGAGAGCAAGAAGGGGCCCGCCAGACGAGUAUCCAUGAUGGAACUCUGCUCGAUGGAGAAGUCGCAGUCGGAGAAAUGCGGCACGGAGGACGGCUCGCACUCGUUGCCAGAGUGUUGGAACCCCCAACGACUGCGGAUGAGCUCGUUCCCCUACUCGGCCCAGGUUCCAAGCCUCUCUACCGCCCUCAUCACCUCCUCCUCCGAGGAUUCGGAGGAGAUCGACGAAGAGGAAGAGAAAGCUUGACCUUUGGGGAUCGUCGAGGAGCAAACGCCAUCGUACGCGGUCGACGAACGCCGUCUUCGUCGGCCGUGGCGGCGGCCACCUCGACGUUCCUUAUUCUCGUCUCUCCUACGACGACCGAGCGCUCCAGUCUGAGCACAAGGGACGUGUCUCUGAUACGUUCGAUAUACUAUCCUCGAGAGGCAGACACGAGCAACUUUUCCACCGAAAAUGAGGACAGGAAGAUGAGGAGUUUUCGUACCACCCCCUUGGACGAUCGCCGACCCUCGCGCUCCCUUCGACGAUGGACACCAAAAGAACCUCUCGCAGUGGGAGAGGGUUGUGGAGGGAGGGGAGGGGGCGAAGAGCUGCUUUCAAAGCUCUCGUUCUCUUUCACAGGACCACGAUGGACCAGGACGGAAAGUAUCCCUCGUUUUUUCACUACCGAUACUUUCAUUUCGCAGCAUGCAGCAACGAGUGCUUCGCCGUGCAGUUCACGUCGUACAGGGUGUCUUAAAAAUUUUGAAAUAGAAUUUGCAGCAACAAGAAGUUAGAAAGUAACCUUCGUCGAUUGUUCGUUACAAAUUUAACAAUUGCUUUUUUUUCCUCUCUCUCUCUUUUUCUUUUUUACAUUUUAAGAAGAAGAUUUGGGAUUGUCGAGCUUGAGGAUUUGGCAUUCUUUCCGAUAAUUUUUUGGACAAAUGCUCGCGUGUUCUACGUUUUGAUCCUGCGCGUGUUGCACGAGUCGGUGGUGAAAGUAUGAAAUGAAUUUUUGGGACAUCGUGUACGCCGUGUUUUACUUAGAGUUAGAGUUCCUCGAUCUCAGAGGAGACAAACGUGUAAUUCGGGUUCGACCGAAAGAAUCGUUGACGCGAAUUGAAAUAGAACACAAUUGUACGUGUAGCAGUUUAUGUGAUGAUCUUCGACGUGACGAUGUUGCCAUUUUUCCAACGAGAAAUGAUCCAAUUGAGGUUGCGUUACUCUUUUUGAUACUCGGUGAUCGUGUGAAUCCUUUUUGAAUAUUCGACCAUGAGAGUGAUGCAAAUGAAAGAAA